GAAGAAGAAGAAGAAGGACUUAGUAUUCUCAAGUCAUGGACUCAUCAUAAUGAUGAUUUUGACGGCUUCUUCUUGUUCUGGUGUGGCAGAACUUGCAAACAUGACAAACUUGAGAGUGUUGAACUUAGGGGACAACAGUUUCAGCUUCUUAUCUGUUCAAGGCUUAACCGAUUUCAGAGAGUUAGAAAUACUGGAUCUCAGUUUCAAUGGUGUCAACGACUCUGAGGCUAGUAGUAACAGGUUUAGUACGGCGAAACUGAAAACACUAGAUCUUAGUUUCAAUCCGUUUUCAGAUAUUUCUCUUCUUAAAGGUUUAGAAAGUCUCCGAGAGUUAGUAGUCUUGAAAUUACGAGGCAAUAAAUUCAACCACACGCUAUUUACUCAUGUACUGAAAGAUCUGAAAAAGUUGCAAGAACUGGAUCUCAGUGACAAUGGGUUCACAAAUUUGGAUCAUGGCCUAGGUUUAGUGAUUCCUACAUCUUUACAAGUAUUGGAUUUCAAAAGGAAUCAAUUGUCUUUGACCCACGAAGGUGAGAUGCUAUAUAGGGAUUUGCAGACUAAUGAAACUCAGGGAACUGGAUUUGAGCAGCAAUGCUUUAACAAGUCUACCUUCUUGUUUGGGAUGUCAUGGCUUUCCUACCUAUACAUGAGUGGUAAUCAGCUAAAAGGUCCUUUCCCUUUUCAACAACAGAGUCCUUGGGUUGAGGUUAUGGACAUCUCACACAAUAGCUUCUCUGGUUCGAUACCAAGGAAUGUGAAUUUUCCAUCUCUCAGAGAAUUAAGACUACAAAACAAUGAGUUUAUGGGUUCAGUUCCGGGCAAUUUAUUCAAUGCUGCGGAAUUAGAAGUGCUUGAUUUGCGUAACAACAACUUUUCUGGAAAGAUACUGAACACUAUUGACCAGACAUCUAAGUUACGCAUUCUUCUUCUCCGGAAUAACAGCUUUCGAACUUAUAUCCCUGGGAAAAUAUGUCAGCUAAGUGAAGUUGGUCUCUUGGACUUGUCUCACAAUCAAUUCAGAGGCCCCAUACCAUCAUGUUUCAGUAAAAUGUCUUUUGGUGCAGAGCAGAAUAACGGUACCAUGUCACUUGUUGCAGAUUUUGACUUCGCAUACAUUACAUUCUUGCGACAUUGUCACUAUGCAUCACAUCUUAACUUGGAUGAUGGUGUCAGCAAUGGUUAUCAACCAAAACCAGCAACCGUAGUGGAUUUUUUAACGAAAAGCAGAUAUGAGGCGUAUCAAGGUGAUAUUCUCCGCUACAUGCAUGGUCUGGAUUUGUCGAGCAACGAACUAUCGGGUGAAAUUCCAAUUGAGAUUGGAGAUCUUCAGAAUAUCAGAUCCCUGGAUUUGUCAAGCAAUCGCCUCACAGGCUCCAUACCAGAUAGCAUUCAAAAGCUGAAGGGCUUAGAGAGUCUUGAUCUAUCCAAUAAUAAGCUCUAUGGAAGCAUCCCUCCUAUGCUAGCCGAUCUCAACAGUUUAGGAUACUUCAACAUUUCAUAUAACAAUUUAUCAGGUGAAAUCCCUUUCAAAGGCCAUCUUGUUACCUUUGACGAGAGGAGCUACAUAGGAAAUGCUCAUCUAUGUGGACUUCCUACAAAUAAAAAUUGCAUCUCCCAGAGAGUCCCUGAGCCACCAAGUGUAUCAACGCAGGCCAAAGGGGAAGACAACGAAGAAGAAGGUGAUGUGAUAGACAUGGUGUGGUUUUACUGGACUUGUGCUGCAGUCUACAUAUCUACAUCCUUGGCCUUGUUUGCUUUCCUCUGCAUAGACUCACGAUGGUCCCGGGAAUGGUUUUAUCGUGUAGAUCUAUGCGUUCAUCAUCUCCUACGGUUCAAGCGUUCCUCUAUCUGCAACUGAUUCCGUGGCUCGCCAAGAGGUACACCGCCAUAUUAUCCUUUUUGAUCAAGGAGUUCAAGUUUCGUGUUAUCCUUGUUGUAUGUAUUGCUUAAAUAAUAAUGAUCCCACUGGAAUAAACGAUUGUUGAAAUG